AGCUUCCUUCAGCUGUGACUGCCGGGCCAGCCCACAGAGGGCACAGCAUGUGGGAACUCCGGUCCAUAGCCUUCUCCAGGGCCGUGUUUGCCGAGUUCCUGGCCACACUCCUCUUUGUCUUCUUCGGCCUCGGUUCGGCCCUCAACUGGCCACAGGCCCUGCCCUCUGUGCUGCAGAUUGCCAUGGCCUUCGGCCUGGGUAUUGGGACCUUGGUGCAGGCUCUGGGCCACGUCAGCGGGGCUCACAUCAACCCUGCCGUGACCGUGGCCUGCCUGGUGGGCUGCCACGUCUCCUUUCUCCGAGCUGCCUUCUACGUGGCUGCCCAGCUGCUGGGGGCUGUGGCAGGGGCCGCUCUGCUCCAUGAGAUCACACCACCUGACAUUCGAGGGGACCUGGCUGUGAAUGCACUCAGCAACAACACCACAGCGGGCCAGGCUGUCACCGUGGAGCUCUUCCUGACCCUGCAGCUGGUGCUCUGCAUCUUCGCUUCCACAGAUGAGCGUCGUGGAGACAACCUGGGCACCCCCGCGCUCUCCAUCGGUUUCUCCGUGGCCCUGGGGCACCUCCUUGGGAUCCACUACACUCGCUGCUCCAUGAAUCCCGCCCGCUCCCUGGCUCCUGCUGUUGUCACCGGCAAGUUUGACGACCACUGGGUCUUCUGGAUCGGACCCCUGGUGGGCGCCGUCCUGGGCUCCCUCCUCUACAACUACGUCCUGUUCCCGCCCGCCAAGAGCCUGGCCGAGCGCCUAGCGGUGCUCAAGGGGCAGGAGCCCGACGCCGACUGGGAGGAGCGCGAGGUGCGGCGGCGGCAGUCGGUGGAGCUGCACUCGCCGCAGAGCCAGCCGCGGGGCAGCAAGGCCUGAGCGC